GGUUGUCCUAUUUUAGGAAAUAUUUGUAAAAUUUUCCCUUAUUUAUGGCUUUGGGCGGGGAUCAGUUAAGAGAACGGGUCAAGGCUGGAAGCCACCGAGAAAGAGAGAUUUGAAAUAUGGGGAGGGAGGUAUCUGAGAGCUGUGUAGAGAGUUUGCUGACGGAGAUUGUUUCUUCCUACUGCAAUGGUUUCUAUGCCGAUAAACCCGAGCUCGCCGCCCGACGGAUCGAAGCCAUUGGAUUUCAAGUAGGUCACCAACUUUCUGAAAGAUACACGAUGGAACGACCUCGGUUCAGUGACCAUUUGGAAGCUAUCAAGUUCAUCUGCAAGGACUUCUGGUCUGAGCUCUUUAAGAAACAAAUAGACAACCUAAAGACAAACCAUAGGGGUACCUUUGUGUUGCAAGACAAUAGGUUUCGUUGGCUGUCUCAGAUGCCUAUGGAUCCAUCACUUGAAACCUCUGGAUCUAUUCAAGAUCCAUCUGCCAUGGCUGAUAAGAAAACUGCACAAGCAAUAGGAAUGCACCUUUAUUUUCCUUGUGGAAUCAUCAGGGGAGCACUUUCAAACCUUGGAAUUCCAUGUGCAGUAUCUGCAGAUAUAUCUAACCUGCCUGCGUGCUCAUUUGUGGUUCGUAUAAAGGCUUGAUGAGCUCUGGUGAUAAUUAAGCGGUGGUUGGGCUUCGGAUUGCCAUCACUUUUUUCAUCAUAUAUAUUUCUGUUUUCUAUCCUUAAUUCUGGUCAACUACAGCUCUCCAAUUGAACUAUUGUAUUAGCCGUCAAUCUAUCUAUGAUUACGCGCGCACCAUCUUCAGGGAUUGUUAUAAUUGCUUUGGGUUUUGUAAUUCAUUUUGUUCUGGCUGGUACUGCUUCAUGACCAAAUUUUCCAAAGAAUGUGAAUGUCCAAAAUGCAGCAUGCAGGUAACCGGUUGAAUACGUAGUCUGUAUUUGAAGAAGGGCCAAAUUGGAAACUAAAAUUAUGUAGGAGACUCCUAUUCCGAAAACCCAACAAUCACCCCCCCCCCCCCCCCCCCCCCCCCCCCCUCCUUCAGUUCUUUUAUUUGUUGCUUGCCUAUUUCAUUUGUUCUUUUGAUGUGUUAUUUGCAUUAAAGGUGCAAAGUCAGAGGUAUGAAUGUCCUGUAGGUUUGGGCUCUCUUGCUUUCUUACCUUUCCUUUUGAUUGAUUUCGUUUCAUUUCUUGUGGAUUCUUUUUUGUACAGGAGAGAGGAAUUAUGGAUGUAUAUGUGGUAUUCAAUUAUACAAGAUUCUCACAUGUGCGAUGCACAGAAUAAAAUGUAGUAAAAAUAUGAGUAUUUGUAUACAUUAAUAGUUACAUCAAAGUAUUGUUACAAAUAUAUUUGUAUAUAAUUUACACAUUUUAUACUUUUUUGAAAAUAUUUUGAAUAACGAACAUUUUAAUAU